UGUGAACGGAAAUCAGACCGGUCGUCCUCUGAGCUGAGCUUUCAGUCGCCCUUCAGCAGAGAAAGAUUGCGUUUCUUGCCAAACACCCGGUCCCAACAUUAAACCAUGGCGGCGACAAUUGCACGGAAAGCUAUUGACCAUCUGAAGAGCAAAGAGUUCAGGGAUUAUUUGACAAGCACCCAUUUCUGGGGACCUGUCGCAAACUGGGGUCUUCCCAUAGCCGCCAUCACAGAUAUGAAGAAGAGCCCUGAGAUUAUCAGUGGCAGGAUGACCUUCGCUCUGACCUGCUACUCACUGCUCUUCAUGAGGUUCGCCUGCAAGGUUCAGCCACGCAACUGGCUUCUGUUUGCUUGCCAUUUGACCAAUGAGUCAGCACAACUAAUCCAGGGAGGUCGUCUCAUCAAAUACAAGAUGGAGAAGAAGAAGCAAUCGUAGUGGCAGAGUGGAGCUGAUGCAGAGCGAUCGCUGUGGAACUCUGCUGCUUCAACACUCACGUAAACCUGGAUAUCAAAAAUCAAAAGCAUCCAAACAUCUUAUCUAAUCUAAACAGUGGCACUUUCACCAUGUUUUUUAACCUAUUGUUACAGUGGUUGCUCACCCUCAUGAAUUUUUCAUUCACUUUUAAUACACAGAGAGAGAGAAAAGCAGAUGCUUUUCCUCCAAGAAGAUAGGUCAACUGCUGUGUUUUUUUAGGGGGGGGAUUGCAACAUUCAAUUUCAACACACAUAGACAAACAGAAAUAUGAUGUGGCGAAUGUAUACUCUGCUAAAUAGCGUGAUAAUUUGCUGCCUUGUACAAUUUAGUCAUCAUUCAUCUCAUUUAAGGUCAUGGGAAUUGUUAUUUUUAUGUUAUGCUGUAAAAAUAAAACCGUGUCUCUAGAGCUUCCAAUUCGACACGGUUUGAUGAAAGUAUAAUAAUUAAGACUCUCUGAUUAGGUCAGUGCUGACCAAACUGUACUGUGUGUCAUCAUAUGUAGUCCACAAUAAUUUAUUGCCAUUGUUUGAUCUAAAUAAUUCUUUCCUGAUAAAUGAUUCUUUGGGUUUGUUCAAAUAAACUGUCUAAAAGAAACUCAAACAUAA